CAGUGAGCUAGAGACGGAGAGGGAGCGCUACUGGAACACUGCUUUGAAGCUGGAGAGAGACUGCUGCGGACAGAAAGUGGGGGGACGUCAAAAUAAUUCGCUGACGGCCGUUUGCUGAUGCAAAUGUUUAACAAACAAUUGCUCUAGAAAUCAAACGAUCAAGAAGUCAGCAACAAGAUCUGUGCAUUGGCAUUUUACAGAGGAAUACAAAAAUGUCGUCUCCAAGUCCGGGUAAAAGGCGAAUGGAUACCGACGUGGUGAAACUCAUCGAGAGUAAACACGAGGUGACCAUCCUGAGUGGGCUCAACGAGUUUGUUGUGAAGUUCUACGGACCACAGGGAACACCAUACGAAGGUGGCGUAUGGAAGGUGCGGGUAGACCUACCAGACAAAUACCCCUUCAAAUCUCCAUCUAUAGGCUUCAUGAAUAAAAUAUUUCAUCCCAACAUUGAUGAAGCGUCAGGGACUGUGUGUUUAGAUGUCAUCAACCAGACAUGGACAGCCCUCUACGAUCUCACCAACAUCUUUGAGUCGUUCCUGCCCCAGCUGCUGGCGUACCCCAACCCCAUCGACCCCCUCAACGGAGACGCCGCCGCCAUGUACCUCCACCGGCCGGAGGAAUACAAACAGAAAAUCAAAGAGUACAUCCAGAAAUAUGCAACAGAGGAGGCUCUGAAGGAGCAGGAGGAAGGAGCGGGAGACUCCUCGUCGGAGAGCUCCAUGUCGGACUUCUCGGAGGACGAGGCCCAGGACAUGGAGUUGUAGUGAACCCCCCUCGCUCCUCCUCCCCCCCCCCCCUCCUAACCACAGAGACUGUAUGAUUUCCUACCCAUGAGAGAGAGAGAGCAGACUAUACUAUUCAUAUUUAAACAAGGUGAUUUUUUUUGUUUCUUUUUUUUUUUAAUUGUUGUUAUUAUUAUUAUAUUACUUAACAAGGAUUUUUAUGGAUAUCUAGCGUUGAUCGUGUUCAACACAUCUUCCUCCAGGUGUUCUGGCUUUGUCUUUCUUUCUUUCUUUUCCGGUUUUUAUCCCCCCCCCCCCCCCCCCCACAGUUUCGACCUCGUCGAGUUCUUGAGGUUUUCUUUUUUGUUUUUGUUUGGUUUUUCCCUCCCAAACCCCCCUCAUUUCUCUCAAACGUGUGGCAUUAUCCACAUUCCCCCUCCGCGGCCGUGUCUAUGCGAGCUGUGUAACCGCCGCCCUGGUCAAGGCUUCCCUGCCAACACACACGCUCUCUCACUCUCUCUUUCUCUCUCUCUCUCUCUCUCUCUUUCGCUCGAUCGCUCGCUCACUCACUCACUCACUCGCUCGUUCGCUGCAGGCCUGGGGAAGUUCAGUGGCCAAUGGGGCCAUGUGACCAGCGUACCCAAAGAAGAUUCCGGAUAUCUGUCCGUGGUAUGGCAGUCACACAAUCACUCGUUCCCGGCUCGUUGCUCGACGCAAGAGAGGAGAGGAGGGGAUGCGGGAGCGGGGAAGAGACCCGUUUGUCGCCCGUCGAUGUCGGGAAAAACUCGGGGCGGUUCGGCAUGCGUGUGGCGCGUCGCUGCUUUGGUGACGUUCUCCUGCCGAUAAAACGGGGUCAAGGUUGGAUCUCCGGAGAAAAAAAACUAAAAGACUAAACUGACUAUGCUGUUUCUUUCCUCCCUCUGUGAAUAUGUGUGUGUGUGUGUGUGUGUGUGUGUGUGUGGGUGUGUAUGUGUUUUACACCUACCUUGUUUAGGAAAAGGAAAAAAGAAACGUUAAUUUCUCAUUUGAGCCUUAUGAACCUUGCGUGGUAGUGGUGAGUACUAUGGACAUCAGGGGGGGCCAUCAGGGGGGGGCCUCUUCUCUUUUUCUCUGCUGGACCAAGGUGGCCAGUGCGAUGUUAUAUCCGCCUGUAGUGUAGGGAGGGCGGUCCACUCCGAGGACUCCGAAACCCCCACAGCCUCAUAGACAUUCACCUCGAUGGAGUGGUUACCCCAGAUACUCUGCUCGCUUCUUUCCCGUUGUGUUGGAGAGCCGGCGCACAUUUCCUAAGGUUGUGAGGUCGCCCAGAGUCCUUCCACUGAAUGGAGUCUGCUCUCUGAAUAACGGAGGACACUUUAGUUUUUUUCUCUGAGGAGAGUGCUAAGAUGUUAUGACACAGAUGACCUGUCCCCCAAAAGAUGUCCCAUACACAGGCACAGUCCCCGCUACUGCUUCUGUUUGACCCCCCCCCCCCCCCCCCCCAAAGACAAAGCUGUAUGUACUGAGGUCACCUAAAAUGGCUCCCACCCAAAUUUGUGAAGCACAGUUUUUGUUGUGGAAGUGAAUUGCAUUGGAUGAAUGAGCUCCUCCGUAUUUUUUUGUCAUGUUAUCAUUUUAACCUAAUUUUUCAUGUAAGGAGUGAAUACACUUUUUAGUUUUAACCUGUCCUGAUGAAGAAGCCCUCCCACCCCAACCCCCCCAUCAAAGAGAAAAAACAAACAAACAAACAAACAAGCAUCCUUUUGUACAUUGUGGCAUGUUAACUGAAGUGAAGUCGUGUUGAAACUAGCGUAGAGUAGAAGAGAUUCUCAGCUUUUUUUAGCUUCUUGUCAGGAGACUAGAGUCCUUCUAUGUUCAGUGUUGUGGUCCUCUGGGUUAGCCAA